GGACGCCUCCCUGCGAGGGCCCAGCCGGUCCCGGCCUGGCGCGCGGCGGGCGGCCGAUGCCUGGGCCAGCGCAGGCGCCCCCCGCGCGCGCCGACGAUGGCGACGUCGCCGACGUGCCGGACCCAGUGGCGGCGCCUCUCGUGGCGAGGCGGGGCUCGGGCCUGGUGGUGCUGCGGUGGCCGCGGCCGGAGGACAACGCGCGCCGCAUCGACGGAUACCAGGUCUGCGUUCAGAGGUGGCACCCCGGCGCCGACUGCGGCCCGCUGCCGCCCCAGGACGCGGACGGGCUCGCUGCCGCCGAUGGCGGCCAGGACCUCGAGCUGCACGCGGCCGGCGGCGACGCCGGGGGCGGGGCCCACGGCGGCGGCGAGCUCUGCCUGCGGGAGCCGCCGUUCCUGGGCCCAGCGGGCGGCGCGCUGCCGCGGGCGGUCUGGGCCUGCGCGCGGGCGCGGAACAGCGAGGGCUGGGGCGAGUGGGGCCCCGCGUCGCUGGUCUUCUUCCGCGGCGGCGGCGGCGGCGGGGCCCUGGCUGGCGUGCUGCACACGUGGGGCCUCGCGGAGGACGGACGCCUAGGGCGCGGCGCGCAGGCCGUGCAGCGGGGCGUGUGCGCGGAGGCGGGCGCGGUGGAGGCCCUGAGCGGCGCGCGCGUGACGGAGGUCGCCCUCGGCUCUCACUCCGCGGCCAUCACCGCGGAGGACGAGCUGUUCGUGUGGGGCACCUUCCUGGCGGGCCAGGGGAGCUCCGAAGCGGCCGAGCAGGAGGGCCCCGCCGACGAGGUGCAGUGCCUCACGGAGCCGGGCCGGCAGGCGACCGCCUUCGUGCCCCACGGCGUCGCCUGCGGCAGGUUCGUCACCGCCGUGGUCAGCGCCGAGGGCAGGCUGUUCGCGUGGGGCCCGAACGAGGCGCACCAGUGCGGCUGCAGCGGCGGCUCCGUCCUCCGGACCAUCAGCCAGCUCCAGGUGCCCCGAGGUGCCCCCGUCGUAGCUUGCUCGCUCGGCGAGUUUCACGGCCUCCCCUGGCUCUCACCGGCGACGGGACGGUGCUCGCGUGGGGCAUGGAGCAGGGGCCCGAGCUCGCCCUGGGGUCGGACUAGGGGCACCCUGAGCGCGGCCGCAGCUUGGUGCCCGAGCGGGUGGCCGUCAACCAGCCGGAGCCCCGCGGCCUGGAUCUGCCGCGCAGGGUCCUGGAGGUGCAGGUCAGCUCGGCCACGGGCCAGGCGCGAAGUCGGUCACCGCGCCGCGGCCGCUGGAGGGCCUCGGGGCACGGGCCAGCGCCGUGUCGCUCGGUGGGUUCCACAGCGCCGCCAUCGACGACAGAGGUCUGGUGCACACCUGGGGCGACAACCAGAGAGGGCAGUGCGGCCAGGGCGAGGAGCGGGUCGUGCACAGGCCCGUACCGCUCGCGAUGGAGGGCUCGGGCGGCUCUGGGUGCAGGCGGGUAUCUUGCGGCGGCCUGUUCACCCUCUUCGAGCUGGAAGGCGACCCGCCGCGCUUCUACGCCUGCGGCUGGGGCAAGGAGGGCUGCCUGGGCUUCGGCCAGUCGCUACGUCAUCUCGCGCAAGACCCGUUCCUGAUCUGGGCAAGCAAGCCCGAGGAGCUCAGAGGAGCUCAGCGAGGAGGCCAAGGAGGACCGCGACGACCUGCCGCCCCCGCUGCCCUGGCGGCCGCACCCGCGCGCCGUGGCUCCUCGGCCUCCCUCCCAACGCUGCCGCAGGACCCGUUGGCUGAGCCGAGCCGCCAAGCGCUGGCGGGACGAACGCGGGCGAUCGCAGCGGUUGCACUAAUGACGCCGCCAGCGCGCCCAGCGUUCUGGCCCGUCGCGAUGCCUCAUCCUCCUCCUGCUCCUCCUCUCUCUCCCCUCCUCCUCCUCCUCGUCCUCCUCCUUCUCCUCCCCCUCC